AUGAAGUACUCGACCGCGCUCGUCGUGGCCACGGCCUCGGCGGUCAACGCGGGUUACUGUAGCGACGCCUUUGAAGAGUUCGGAAACUACUUCUGCCCUAAUGCGGUUAAGCAAAUCAAGUAUAGUGGCCUUGACAUCGCUGGCAAGUACCGCGCCGUUGCCCAGAUGGACAACACUGGAACAUGCACGUUCGAGGACAAGGACUACUCUGGUCCCAUUGCCCCGUUCGACGAGGAUUUGACUAUGCACUUCCGAGGUCCCCUCGAACUGAAGACCGUCGCUGUCUUCACCCCUUCUUCGAGCGCGUCCAAGCGUGAGGUCCAGAGACCUCAUUCCAAGCGCCAUGGCCACCAGCACCUUCACAAGAAGCACCACGAACACGCCAAGGCCGAGAAGCGCGAAGAUAUGGUCGUUGCCACGAUUGAUGGCCAGGUGGUGUCGUGGGUGAACAAUUAUUUCGGUAGUGCCGCCGAGACCUCUACCACCGCUCCGGCUUCCGCAGCUACGGAGACCCCUGCUGCUUACCCUACUGCCUCUACACCUGACAGCAGCUCUAAAGCGGCAGCUCCGUCGUCGUCUAGUUCCGCCUCUGUCGAUGUUCCUGCUGGCGACUUCCAGCGUAUCGCCUACUACAACGCUCAGGACCAGACCGCCGAUGGUCUCGUUUUCCUCGGUAACCUUGGUGACCCAGCUAUCUCUGGUACCUGGGACACUGUCUGGGGUUCUAGUUUGGCCUACGCUAACGAGGAUGGCACCAAGGCUGCUGCCUCCCCCACCGUUCUUAAGGACUGCCGUAUCGAGGACAACAAUGAAAUCAUUAUCGCUUCUGAUGAAAAGUGCGAUGACAGCUGUGGUGCCGUUCGCCCCGACUCCGUUGCUUACAAGGGAUUCGGUGGUGCUAACAAGGUCUUCCUUACCGAGUUCUCUAUGCCCCUGAGCGGCCAGACUGGCUGGAACAUGGAUAUGCCCGCAUACUGGCUGCUAAACGGUGCCAUUCCACGAACGGGACAAUACAGCAGCUGCAGCUGCUGGGCUGGUGACAACUCGAGCCCUACACAGGGUGGUUGUGGUGAGGCCGAUAUCAUCGAGAUCCUCCGCACCGGUGACACCAAGGCCAAGUCGACUUUCCACUUCGCUGCCGGCACUGGUGACUCUCACUACUUCGACCGCCCGACCAACAAGACCAUGAAGGUUGCCGUCGUCUUCCAGGCUGCCUCGUCCACCGCCUCUAUCAAGGUCCUCGAUGACGACUUCGACAUGACCGGCACCAGCCUGACCUCCGACCAGGUCGAGGACAUGAUCAACGAUGAGUCUGAUACCAGCCUCUUUAGCUUGAUGACCUUCGGCGCGUAAAAAUUUUGGGGCGGAUCGGUCACGAGGGAUGAGGGUGACGAGGAAGAGGAAAGGAGGAAAGGAAAGGAGGGGUGGAUGGUCUGGGAACGACGGUUGACGUCUGCUUCUGGACUUGCUUUUUGAUGUGUCUUCUACGAUGGAUAUAGGAGCAGUUUUGCAACGUGUUUUUCUGCACCCGAUAUUCCCCUUUUUGCAUAUUUUGAUUUGAUUUGAUUCUACAACAUCAGGGGGUGUUACCUCGUCCCGAAGUGUUUGCUUGAAGUGUGAAGUUGGUUAGGUACGCGUGAGAUUCUACCGAGCUGCAUGUUAGAGGUGGUGGGCCGGCUGGGAUUCCUUGGGCGUUAGAAGAAGGUCUGCUGCUGAGAAGAUUGCGCGGGGGUUUGUCGUGAUACCGCGAGGCUCUGCGAGGUCUUGGGUUGCUCCCGAGACAGACCUGGUGUUCCGUGAUAUUUCGCUUAAUUUACUUACUUCCCGAUCGCAGACCCAGAGGUAACUUUCAUCCCGGGCGAUGUUUCAAUGGUAUACCUUGUACACCCUCUAUCUUGUGUUGUAUUAGGAUUUAUCGCGAUAGCCUAGGUACCUUUAAUGUAUAUACAGCAUACAGUUAGGAGGUAGUUAAUAGCUUAUUAGAAUCAACCUUAGAAUCAACCUUCUUUACAGACAGCACUUACUCGGGUAAUUCUUUGCCAAUCAUACAUACAUAAAUUUAUAAUAUCUAA